AUUACAAUGUCGACAGCUCAAGGUUUACACCGCAAUGGUGUGUACAACUAUUUUCUUAACAUGGUGGCCUAUCAGAUAUGUUGCUGUUGCGGUCCUGCUCCAUGCUCCCUCUGCUGCUCUUUCUGCCCGCCCGUCAAAUCCUCCUCCAGCACGCGGGUGAUGUACACCUUGUUCCACAUUAUGGCCUGUGCAGUGUCAUGCCUAAUGUUGUCCAAGACUGUCUCUGAGACUAUGAGGGCAAAUGUGCCUUUCUUUAACGUGGUUUGUGAUGAAGCCCACGGUGGAGGAGACUGUGAGAUGCUGGUGGGAUAUUCAGCUGUUUAUAGAGUUUGCUUUGGCACUGCCUGUUUCUACUUAAUGAUGGCCAUUUUCCUCAUCGACGUCAAAUCCAGCCAGGAUUUCCGUGCACUCAUCCACAAUGGAUUUUGGUUCCUCAAGUUUAUUACUCUGCUUGGGAUGUGCGCCGCUGCCUUCUUCAUUCCAACCGAAUCUUUUCUGCAUGCUUGGCACUAUGUGGGUGUGGUGGGGGGAUUUGCCUUCAUUUUAAUUCAGCUCAUCCUCAUCACUGCUUUUGCACACACCUGGAACAAAAACUGGUUGACGGGGGCGGCUGAAGACAAACGGUGGUACCUUGCAGUCAUGUGUGCUACGCUGUUUUUUUACACUGUCGCCAGCACGGCCUUCACCUUCAUGUACAAGUACUACACCCACCCAGCCGCCUGCCAACUCAAUAAAGCUCUGCUCUGGACAAACCUGGGACUGUGUGUCAUCAUGUCCUUCAUUGCUAUCACUCCCUGUGUGCAGCAGAAACAGCCCCGCUCAGGCCUCCUACAGGCCUCCAUUAUCAGCUGUUACGUUAUGUACCUUACCUUCUCCGCCCUAUCCAGCCGACCCCCGGAAAAAGUGGUGUACCAGGGCAUAAACAUGACUGUGUGCUACCCCAGCGUGGGACGAGAUGAAAUCCAGAAGGAGGGCAAUGCAGUGGCUAUUAUUGGUGCUGCCAUUAUGUACUGCUGUGUGCUCUUUGCCUGUAAUGAAGCCUCGUACCUGGCAGAGGUUUUUGGACCAUUCUGGAUGAUCAAAGUGUAUCGCUAUGAAUUCCAGAAAGCCACCUGCUGCUUCUGCUGCCCAGAGGAGGAAGAAGAGGAGGAGUUUGUGGUCGAUGAUGACAGUAAAGGCUGCCAGAGAGUAAUCCACAAUGAAACCCAGCGUGUGGCCUACAGCUACUUCUUCUUCCAUUUUGUCUUCUUCCUCGCCUCACUGUACGUCAUGAUGACCCUCACUAACUGGUUCAGCUAUGAAACAGCAGUACUUGAGACCACCUUCACUCACGGGAACUGGUCCACGUUCUGGGUAAAGAUGUCAUCCUGUUGGGCUUGUGUGGUUCUGUACCUAUGGCUACUGCUGGGUCCUCUCUGUCACUGUCGGUCUGAUCAUAAAUCCCGACCCAGACGGUCCCGGAUCAAAAGGCGAACGACCUCUCAACGCCAUGUCAGCGUCAGUGUGUGA